AUGACUACUCCUGAGAAUGCAUAUCGGGAAAUCGCGAGAGUGUUCUCUUCCAGAGGAAACCAGGUCUUGGAGAUUGAGAUGAUCUCCUCGGCUCUGGGGACCCCCUUUUUGCAAGAUGGAUUGUUCAUUGGAAUUAGCAAGAAAAUGCUAAUAGUCGCCUAUACAGUUGCACGAAAACUAUUCCAGCGCCUAAUGUCAAGGUCUGGAAAUGACUUCUGUGACUACGAAACAGAGGACUCUGGGGUAUCAGAUCGAGUGAUUACAGAGAUCAUGCUGCUCUUUGACUGUGAGCACUUAACGGCAUGUAACUGGCGCAAACAUCGGCUGCUGGCGGCCGUUACACUGUGCGUUAAGAAUAAGGAUCAGACAGCCUCGACGAGGCGGGCGUUGGAGACGGAGCUGACGCUCUUGACCACCUAUCAAUGUUCACCAUUACACCGACAUACAAAAUCUCCGACAUUGUGGUCCCAUCGACUGUGGGUUUUGAGCCAGAUGUUUCAGAUUCAGCCUUGGAGUUCAGAGGCGCUAAUGGAACUGGGACGUGCCGAGCUUGAUGGGGUUCUCCGCGCUGCGGAAUUACAUCCUAAGAACUACUAUGCCUUCGGCUAUAUGCGGCAGCUUCAUGCUCUUCUCGUGGAUACGGCAGAAGUCGCAGAUCGCGCGAAUUGGUCUGUUCAUCUGGCUAGGCCUUUGCUGGACCCAGUUCUUGACUGGUGUCUUGCUCAUCCGCGGGAUAUAUCAGCCUGGAUCUUUGGGAAAUAUUUGCUCGCUUUUGUUCCAGAAAAACAGGUCCGAAAGGACACUGUUGCGCGGGUGGUUUGUUUUGCGCGGGAUAUUGGCUGGGAAGGGGAGAGUUUGUGGACUUUCGUUGACCAAUCCAUUCGCCAGUUUGAUUUGGAGAGUGUACUCGAUGAGGUUCUCCCGUUUGAUGCGCCCGUAGAACAGACUCCCAAAGCGUCAUGGCUGAGUCGACUGAACAGAGCACAAGCGUAUUGGGCCGUGUAUCGGAAUACAACAAUAGAAAAAUAA